AAGCCCUGUCUGAAAGAACUGGUGGGGGGGAUAUGUGAUAUAAGAGUCGGGGCGUCGCCGCGGACAACAGGUACUGUGAAUACUGAGGUCAUUCUGUCCUUGUACCGCCGUUGAUCAAGAUGAAUACCAGUCGCACGACACUUAUCGUGCUCGCAGCUUGCAUUGCUCUUGGAACAGGCGCCCAUGGAAUAACAUGCGAACCGGCAUUUAUCGCAAGAUGGUUUUUCGGCGGUCGGGCGCUGCACUGCCAUUACCGAUGUGCAUGGUCCAUAAGAAACUACGGCGUAGAAGAUGAUGGCACCCCAUGUAUCAUUAAGAUCAACAGAUUUGGGGUGUGCCACCAAGGAUAUUGCUUGGAUAGAUUGCCUCCUCCACCUGCAAUCCCGGUCCCCAAGGAAGCAACAACGGGUAUACCAAUUACAGCGGGAACAGCAUCCAGGACAUCGGUGGUAUCCUCUACGACCACGACACAGCGAACACCUCUUACAUCCACGCUGAAGAACAAGUAUACGACCACCAGGAUACCUGAAGUUUCACAGCACCCAGAAUUGACAUCUACUGAGAGGGAAAAGGUAACAGCCACGAGGCAGUUUGCAAGUUCCUCCACAGCCACGCCGGGUAACCAGACCUCGACCAACGCGACACCUGCAGUUUCGGAGCACUCAGAAUCUACACCCACUAGAAGACAAUGGGUAACAGCAAGGAAGCAAUAUACAAGUACCAGAUUGCCGAAAAAGAUAGCAACAUCUGAGGCGCAAUUCACGAGCACGCGAGCACCUGGGUUCGGACCCACCACCAAAGAAACAAUUACACGCAACACAAAAGGCACGACGAACUUUUCUGACGAUGGCAACUCCGACAAGCAAAGACAUUCAACGAUAUACGGUGCUAGGCCUACGCGAAAGCAGGCCCUGACCACAACAUUGCGGCGGAACACGUAUACGACGACCAGGAUACCCGAAGUUUCACAACACCCAGAAUUCCCAUCUACUGAGAGGGAAAAGGUAACAGCGACGACGCACACUGCAAGUACUUCCACAGCCACGCCCGGAAACCAGUUCUCGACAGCCACGGCACCUAUAGGUUCAGAACACCCAGAAUUGAAAUCUACUACAAGACAAUGGGUAACAGCGAGAAAGCAGUACACAAGUACCAGAUUGCCGGAAGAGGAAGCCAUGUCUGAGACGCAAUUCAGCAGCACGCGAGCACACGUGCUCCAAACCACCACACAGGAAGCAACUGCACACGACACAGAUGGCACGACGAACUAUUACGGCCACGAUAACUCCGACAAACUUUCAACAAUAUAUGGUGUUCGGUCUACGCGGAAGCAGGUCCAGACUACUACAGAACAGUCGACACAAUUCAGGAGCACGCGGGCACCUGGAGUCCAAACCACCACCCAGGAAGCAACCACAAAUUAUCGAGACUUCGAGUUUUAAUGAAAAUUUCGUCUAAUUGUUUUGCACCGGCCCAACUGCAGCAGAAAACCUGUCUUCCUACAUAAGCGGCUGGCAUGACACUGAUGUAAACUUACUUCUUACCUACAUACUUUACAUGUUCACAUUACACGCAGGCUACAUGUUUUUUUUUCUCAGCAGCCGGUCAUGAAAGCACGUGCAUGCACUGUGAAUGGCACGAUUUUGCAAAUAAAAUUGGUAAUUCAUCA